AUGGAAAACGGAGUUCUGCCCGAGCUCAUCGGCGUCAACGAGUACAACGCGGCUGAGGGAAAAUUCGCGGCCUCGGUGCGAUGGUUGAUCACGAGAGUCUACGAGAAUGAUAUCCCCGACAAGCUCAAAUCGGCUGUUGUUCGGGAUGAUCAGGGCCACCUCCACAUCGACACCGCCGUUCUCACCGCGCUCACCAACGGAUCUUUGUACAGCCAGGCGGCCGUGAAAAUCUUCAAGGAUCACAGUCUUGUGACGCAAUCACAUGCCGGUGUGCUUCGAGCAUUGCAACAGAACGAGGUGGAAGCGCUGGAGAGACUACAGGACGGUCAGAUUCGACCGGUCACCGAGCAACGAUUGUUCUCAGCGAAUCCGUUUCAUGAGACGGCUCACGUGGCGAUGAUGGACGCGCUAAUGAAUCAACACACGAAAAGCGUUGUGACAAUCGAUCGAGCCGUGACUGCAGUCAGUGAAUAUACCUCCGUUGACGAGCGAGAGCAACCGAUGGAUGCGGUGGAUUCCCUUCUUUUUUGGAUCAACAAGAUUUGCCUGCUAGUGAGGGAUGAUGUUGAGAGAACGGGAACGAGAUUGAGAACAUCCGAUGAGGGUGAAGAGGGAUUAAUUCCCGAGAUGGAGGACCUCUACGAAGAUCUCUGUGAUGGUUGUUGUUUGUGUGCUUUGGCUCAUUUCUACAGACCUGAGCAAAUGGAUUUACAAAACGUUUGCUUCAACGAUCCGAACUCGAUCGCCGACUGUCAGUACAAUUGGUUGAAGAUGAAGGAAUUCUGUUCUUCAUUGGCUCUUCCCUACAAUCCUUUCCAUUUCGAGAUCGAAGACGUUUUGUACUUGCACGAAACAUUGCAAACGAAUGUCAACGCUUUUCUUGCCGAUCUCUUCGAGUUCUUUGAGCCAAUGAGAAUUUCCACUCCUCAAGCAAUUCUCGAGGUCACUUCCCCCCGCCGUUUCGUGCCGAUUCAAGGGAUUCCUGACCUGCGAGCAGCCAAUUCAGCCGCUCGUCCCUCACAUCCACCUCGAGUACAAUAUCUUCCCGUUGGAGGACAGGGACCAAGUCGAUCGAUGUCGAUGAUGAGCGCCGAUUCGCUGAUGACAAAUCAGGGUUUCGUCUCACCGACAAAAGCACCCGCAAACAAUUGGGGCCAAAAUGUGACGAAUUUCUCCCGAAUACAACAGCCAGAAUCCGGUUCGAAUGGAAAUCUUUCGUAUGCCCGAAGCGAUUCUCUACCGGUUGCAUCGAUUCGAAUGGCUUUAGAGGAAAAGAGAAGAGAGCACGAGAAAAAGAAACAGAAACAUUUGGCUCAAUCGGAGGCGGAUCGAACAGAGAAAGGGAAACAGGCGUUUUUUGCAUUGAUGCAAAGGCAUGAGAAUGAAGUCCAAGAUGAGAACAAUCGCGAGAAAGUGCUCGAGCAGCAAGUGCUGGAGCUGCAGAAACAAGUGCUUGAGAUGCAGAUGAACAACGAGAUGGAGAGAAUGUCCCGCGCUCUAUCACAGCCUUCGAUCUACAAUGACCUAACCAAUCAGACAACUCCUCGACCGUUUGGCACUCUUCCACAUGGUGCUCAUGCUCAACACACGCCUCAAGCGGCCUUCUCGCAAUCUUUUAAUCAACAAUCACCCUAUUUGAUGAAUCAACAACAAUUUCAAUCACCAAAUCCGAUGAUGCGAGCAUCGAUCAGCAACGGAAUGCUCAACUAUUUACCCGGCCAGGUUCAGCCACAAUUUGAUCAAUACGGGAUGCAACAACCACAACAGCAAUAUGAUAUGUACGGACAACCGCAGCCAACCUAUGCUCAACCACAAAUACAGCCACAGAUGCAGAAUUUGAUGCACCAAUCUGCACACGCUUCUGUUGGAUCACCGUUCAAUCUCCAUGCCAAACAACAGCAAAUGAACCAAAUGGGUCCAUUGAGUGCUCCGCCAUAUCAAAUCAAUCAUCAACAGCAACAAAUUGAUCAAUUUGCUCAAGGACUUCAACAAUAUGCGGAUCAAAUGCCCGACGAUGGAGGAGCCACGUUUCGGUUGCAUGCACAGAAUACCCCUCAAUCUCGAGUCGAUCCUCAGCUGGAGCUAAACCGAAAUUUGACCAAUUGGGGAAUGACCUACAAGUCAACCGCUCGUCCACCACGCAAGACCUGGGAAAAUCAAACGUUCAUCAAAAGAGAACAGGAUCUUGUCAAUGACCCAGAUUUGGUGCCUUAUGUUCAAGAUGAUGGACCAUCGACGACAAUCACCGAUGUUGGGCAUUCAUUGGGGAACAGGAGAAUAUCUUCCGACAGUAUGCAACAGAAGCAAAUGCACCAGCAUCAAAUGAGUGCCCCACCGCCGCAUCUUGAGCCAUCUUCAUCAAUCGACUCAUCAAGAGCUCACUCUCAACCCCAACCCUCUCCACCCCGAGAUCCGUCUGGUUUAACACAGCCGGGCAAUGCUUUUGUUGUCAGUGAUGAGCAAGCCGCUGCUGACUUUGACAAAAUUGCUGAACAACGUCGACAGGCUCGCAAGGAGGCUCUCCUGGCGAAAACGAUGCAACGACGCGAACAGAUCCCGCAAAAGGUCGAGAGCAUGGAGAUGAAAAUGGCUGAGAAACGAGCACAAGAGGACGCGAAAAAGGAGAUGGUUGAACAGAGGAAAUUGGAGAAAGAGUUGCAUCGACAAAGGCUUUUGGAGGAUUACAAGAGAAGAAAGAUGGAGAAAGAGUUGGGCAUUGGACCAUCGGAUGGAUCACAAUCGGCAAGACCAGCCUCGGCAAGGGGACACUCACAACCGCCUUUUAUUCGCACGAAGAGUCAGAUGUCCGAAUCGGUGGAUCAAAGUCAACAAGUUCAAAGGAUGGUUCGUGGAAAGAGCAAUGUCGAUGGAGAGAAUCGAAUCUUCGUUGCCUCCACCGCAGAACCGACCUUAAAACUCUUCGCGAAAGCGGCUCCGAAGUCGAAUCGCUCAUUGAUAACGAACGCUCUACAAUACAGUGUUUUCCCCGGAGCCGUUUGCGACAAUGAAAGAAAUAAGGUGCUCGGUGAGAUGGGGAAAACUGAUUCGAAGCAUUUCCUCUUUCUCUUUCGAGAUCAAAAGUGCCAAUAUCGAGGGUUGUACUCGUGGGAUCAGGCAUCGAACACCGUUCAUAAGAUCACCGGAACCGGCCCGAAAGUGUGCAACACGAGCAUGAUGAAGUUGAUGUUCAAAUAUGAUUCCGGUGCAAAGGGUUUCUCUCAGGUGCCUACGAGAACGUUGGGCACAACGAUUGACGGUUUCUCUCUGCAAGAUCAAUUCUGGACAAAGCCGAAAAUCCCGCAUUCAGGGAACGCUUCUCAUCGAGAUAAU